AUGUUUCCGUCAACGUUACCGUGUUUCCGUCUUCAGCGACUGCUGCUAGCCCAGAUUCAAAACAUUCCGCCUGGGGAGCUUGGAAAGCGGUUUCCUGCACUUCACGAACUGUGCCUUUCAGAAAGCCCCUUCUUGACUGAGCUGCCGGAUUCUCUCACAAGCAUCAGCACCUUAGAGAUUCUCACCAUUUCCAAUUGUAGCGUAUCUAGCCUGCCUGACAAGCUUGGAAACUUGACACGGCUGAAGUCCUUGGUGCUGAGUAUGCUGCCAAUGGAGACACUGCCUAAUUCUAUUGGGUUGCUUACACGGCUUCAGAAGCUGUAUAUCAGCUGUAUUUGGUCGGACAUUGCCCCUGCAGCAAUCUCCUUCUUGACAGCUCUCGAGUCGUUGGUGAUCAGGCCGUUAAGGCUGACAUUGAACCCCGAAGAGUUAGGCGAUCUGACCAAUCUCCGCAAUUUGGAGCUCAGAAGCUGCGCCUCCCUGCAGCAGCUGCCGCCAUCACUGGGUCGUCUCUCUUCUCUAACACGACUCAAUCUCGACAAGUGUCCAAUGGUUAACCUUCCAGAGGCCAUAGGCCAGCUGGGUGGCCUGCGAGAGCUGGCCCUGAGCUGCUGCAAUGAGCUGACGGAGCUGCCAGCAUCCAUCACUCAGCUGAGCUGCCUGGAGACUCUCAAGGCUUACAUGUGUGAGAAGCUCGCUUCUGCACCUGAAGGCAUGGGAAACCUUUCACGCCUGCAGAAGCUGGAUUUGUGGGGUUGUGUUCUCUUGACUGUAGAAUAUCUGCCUUGGUCUUUGGAGGACUUGAGGUGGGGGAAUGACACCAGCAGCAGCACUCUUCCUGACAUGUCAACAGCUCCAUAUCUCAAGAAGCUGCAUCUGACUAAUGUUACUAUCAAGGACGCAGCAGCGACCAGCCGUAGCCUCUCUGGGAUUGAGAAACUGGAGUUGCGGCUAGGUGCUGAACAAACAGAGAUUUCGCUUCUGCUCGGGUUCCUCUCAUGCCUUCGUGAGCUGCGCAUCUCGAAAGCCAAAUCCCUGCGGCACCUGCCUCAUGACAUCGGGACUCUUCCGCAGCUGCGGCAGCUGCAUGUGGAAGGAGCGGAAUCACUGCAGGAGAUUCCAGCGAGUGUGGGCCAGCUUGUGCAUCUCACCUCCAUCCACAUCGAAGCUCCAAAUCUGACCCACCUUCCUGAGACCAUCUCUUCCUUGUCAAAGUUGGGCGACCUCAGCCUGCGGAAUUGCUCCUCCCUGACAAGCCUGCCCUGCUCUUUCACCGCCCUCACCUACCUGCACAAGUUGGAUGCCAGCAAGACGUCACUUCACGUCCUACCUCCCAAUUUCCACCAUUGGGGGAGACUCAGAGAGCUGGAUCUGCAUGACUGUGAGCAGCUUCAGUUUCUGCCGCAGGAGCUCUGCUGCUUGACGAUGCUGCGAGAGGUGGAUCUCCGAGGCUGCAAGAUACUUGGCUCAGAUCCGGUGUUACCAGAUGGGAUGUUUUCCACUAGAGGUUCCUAG